GGAAGCCCCAGGGUUUCCAUAUUUUCAACUCACUCUCUUUCUUUCAUUUCAUUUAAUUUGUACCCUCUUGUAACUAUUAUCCAAAAGUAGUUCAACUUGCAUCCUCUCCAAGUGUUAGAAGAAUAACCCCUUUUUAUAUAUCCAUCCUCUCUGCAAAAAUUGAACAAACAUAGACAAUAAUGGGAAGAGGAAGAGUUGAGUUGAAGAGAAUAGAAAACAAAAUAAACAGACAAGUCACUUUUGCUAAGAGAAGAAAUGGACUUCUUAAGAAAGCUUAUGAACUUUCUGUUCUUUGUGAUGCUGAAGUUGCUCUUAUCAUUUUCUCAAAUCGUGGUAAACUCUAUGAAUUCUGCAGCACUUCAAGCAUGGUGAAAACAAUUGAAAAGUAUCAGCGUUGCAGCUAUGCUACUUUGGAAGCUAACCAAUCAGCUACUGAUACUCAGAAUAACUACCACGAGUAUCUGAGGCUAAAAGCAAGAGUUGAGCUCCUCCAACGAUCUCAGAGGUCUGUUUUGUUCACUAUGAUCAGUAUAUCCCCAAACUUUCUUGGGGAAGAUUUGGGGACAUUAAGCACAAAGGACCUGGAGCAGCUUGAGAAUCAAUUAGAGUCCUCCUUAAAGCAAAUCAGGUCAAGGAAGACACAAUUCAUGCUGGAUCAGCUUGCAGAUCUUCAACAAAGGGAGCAAAUGCUGGCAGAAUCUAAUAGAUUACUCCGCAGAAAGCUAGAAGAAAGUACAGCUGGAUUUCCAGUUCGAUUGAGUUGGGAAGAUGGAGCUGAUCAAGCCAUGCAUCAACAUAAUCGUCUCCCCCACACUGAGGGUUUCUUGCAGCCUCUUGGAUUGCAUUCUUCUCCUCCACAUUUUGGGUACAAUCCUGUUAAUACGGAUGAGGUGAAUGCAGCAGCAACUGCUCACAAUAUGAAUGGAUUUAUUCAUGGAUGGAUGCUUUAAUCUGAUAAUUCGAAGCAUCUACUCCAUCUUUGGUUCAACCAAAUAUACAGUAAUAAUGUAUUUGCAUGUAUUGUCCUUUUUGUUUUGUUGCAAAUUGUAUUUAGAACCUUUAUCGAUCAAUGGAGGACAAUAAAUUUAAUGUAUGCAUAAUUAAGCUGUUGCUAGCUACUACAACAUUUGAACCAUCCUGACUAUGCAUUUCUGCUUGUAUCCCAAUAUGUAAUUAAAUGGAAGUGUUGUAUUUUUGUAUCUUUUAAA